AUGGUUGUGCUCACAGUCGCGACUACACUUGAUGCUACCACCUUCACUACCAAAGAUGGCUACGGUAAAUCCAUCUCAAGUCGAAAACUCUUGAUGGAGGCUGCUCAUGUCGACCACUUCCAUGCGUACUUAAACCCGCAUCAAAGCGAACGUCAACUCCAGCAAUCAACCUCUGUAAUUCAAUCAUCGUCUGAUUAUUCACUUGAGUUACAUACGGACGAUGGCAUGUUCAUUGUGUUUGCAACACCCAGUUUCUACAAAGUCGACACCAACUCGACGAAUUAUACGCUUGAAUCUCUAUCAACUGAUAGCACCGAUCAUUCUGAAACGGGUCUCAUCAUUCAGCUCCAUGACGGCCAGCUCGUGCGUCCAAUUCUCAAACCCAACCAAAUUACGCUCAUGGUAGGAACGGGUUACAAUGAGUGGGUUGCAACGUCCGAGAAGCUCCCGGCUGUACCACACGCAAUGCCUAAUAGUGCAAGCUUGUCACCAUCAUCUUUCCGUGAUCGCUUUGGCUUUGGCGCACGUAAUUUGUCUUAUCUAUCACUCAACAUCUAUUACAUAUCAUUGUUGUUGUUUGCCAAGUGA